AUGUGUAAACCAUACUCAAAUUGGCUCUGCAUUCUCUCUGCCUCACUCUAUUAUUUCUUCUUCACCUGCUUAGUUAUGAGUACUAAAAAAAACAUCACCACAGAUGAAUUUGCACUUCUUUCAUUCAAAUCAUCUAUCACCUUAGACCCUUAUCAUAUGCUUAGUAAUUGGUCAAUCUCCUCUAAUUCUUCUUUUUUAUCUUCAUGCAAUUGGGUUGGUGUUACUUGUGAUGAACAUCAUGGAAGAGUAAAAACAUUGAAUCUCAGUAACAUGGGCCUUCAAGGCACCAUUUCUCCUCAACUUGGAAAUCUCUCUUUCCUAGUUGUUCUUGAUCUACAAGGCAAUAGUUUCCACGGUGACAUUCCACAUGCUAUUGGUCAACUUCGAAGGUUAAGGAUUUUGGAUAUUCGAGAUAACGGGUUUACAGGAGAAAUUCCCAAAGGAAUUAUUGAUCUUACACAAUUGAGAACUGUGAACCUUGAAUAUAAUAUCCUGACAGGCAACAUAUUAUUUAUGUUCAAAAACUCAUCUUCGUUGCAAAAUUUGAAUCUUGGUUUUAAUAAUCUGUCUGGCAAUCUUCCAUCAAAUCUUUGUCAAGGGAUUCCAAACCUUAAAUUACUAUAUCUCUUUGCUAAUGAUCUUUCUGGAAAGAUGCCAAAGGUUUGGCAUUAUUGCAAAGAGUUGGAAGAUUUAGAGCUAUCUUAUAAUAAUUUUGGCAAAGGACCUUUGCCAGCUGACAUUGGAAACUUGACCAAGCUUCAAUAUUUGUUUCUUGCUAAGAACAACUUGGAGGGUAAGAUUCUUUUCACCAUUUAA